AUGGUCCACAAAGACAUAUAUAUAUCAAGUAAGAAUAUCUUGUUGGAUGAUGAAUAUGAAGCUCAUAUCUCUGACUUUGGUUUUGCUACAACUUUAGAUCCAAACUCAUCAAACUGGACUCCAUUUGCAGGAACCAUUGGCUAUUUAGCCCCAGAGCUUGGAUAUCUUGUUGGAAUGAAGACUUCAAGACGUGUUUGGAUCUCUAUUGGAGAAACAUAUGCUUCUCACUCAGAGGUCACAAUGAUUCAACUCAGGAAUGAAUUGCAAACAACAAAGAAAGGUGCAUUGAAGGUUAUUGAAUACUGCAAAAAGAUGAAGAAGAUAGCUCAUCAAUUCUUUGCAGGAGGAUUCCUUGUUUCAGAGAAAGAGCUUGUCAUAUGUAUAUUGAUAGGUUUAGGGCCAGAAUAUGAAACCAUUAGAGUCAGUUACACCAGCAGUCUACCUUUACCAAGUCUUCAAGAAGUAAAUAAUUAUCUGGCUCAUUAUGAAACCACUCUUGAGCAGAAUAGCGUUUCUGGUUAUGUUUACAUCUUUAAAUCUUGUUUCUGCUUUAAAUCAUCAACUGCAACUAAAUUCUAA